AUGAAUUUACGAAGAUUGUCAUCUGAUAUAACGCGUUGUAUUUUUGUGUAUUUUGUGUUUUAUUUACACCACGUUUGGAGUCUACAAUGUGUAACCAUAGGACCCUGUAGCUGUGAAUUCGAUGAUGGCAGUGGAAUAGUAGACAUCAGUUCGUUAAAAAGUCUUACCCCAGGACAACCGAAGUUUAAAGAUGUUGGAGCCAUCGAUAUGUAUUCUUACUCAUAUAAUCCUUGUGAACCAUUUACAGAAGGUGAUUGUAUAGACGUUUCGUCAUGUCAAAUUAGUGCUGAUGGUAUGGCCCAGUAUCCGAUAGGAGACCAAUCGAGUGCAGCCUUUUCCUACGAUGGAACUGACGUACAGAUUUUUUAUAGUAAAUUUACAGACGUUGAAAGACAAACGUUUGUGACAUUAAAAUGUGAUCCGUCUGCUACAACUCCGACUAUCUCCGCAGAAGGAGAACAGGGUGCAGCACAAUACUAUUUCACCCUAACUACUAACUGUGCAUGUGCGGGUACGUGUGCGUCCAGCAGUCCGUCUAAUGAAGACGAGGGAAUCAGUACGGGAACUAUUUUAUGUAUCUUAUUAUUAGUCGGUGGGUUUUUGUAUAUAGCUCUUGGUAUGGCUUUUAUGAGGACAAGACGACAAGCUUCUGGGGCCGAAAUGAUUCCUAAUAGAAAUUUCUGGACGGCAAUUCCAGGCCUUAUUAAGGAUGGUUUUAUGUUUACAAUUGGAAAAAUACGUGGAAAGAAACCAGAUUAUAAUGAAAUAUAG